AGCAGGCAAGAAGCCGGAUAUCCUUUGACCACCAUCGUUGUCUUUCCAUUGAGAGAUAAUAACUGCAGUCCAUCACAAAAUAAUUAAUCAAGAAAUUAUGCCCUCCCGGAUGGUUGGAAUCGAAUAAGUGGAAAUGAAGAAUGCCUUGAACGGGAUUCGGUUCACCCAUCAGCUUCUUGAAGGUACAGCCAUUUCAGAUGACCAGAAGCAAGUUCUCGAGACAAGCGAUGCCUGUGAGAGGCAGAUCAUGGCGAUUAUAGACAAUAUAGACAUAAUGAAUAUCGAAGAAGGCACAAUCGAGUUCAAGAUGGAAGAGCUUCUCUUGGGCAGCGUUCUCGAUGCUGUUGUUAGUCAAGUUAUGAUCCCACUGAGGGAAAAGAAGUUGCAGCUUUUCCAUGAGGUCCCACAAGAAAUGAAGAAGCUAUCCUUGAUGACUCGCCCAGGUCAAGGCCGGCCUUCAGCUCUCAUCAUAGAUAUGUUCGAUGGCGGGAAGCGGUGGACUAUCCAGGAAGGGCUCAGGCUGAACUUGUCCCGUAAGCUACUCAACAGAAUGAACGGCCGAGUGAACUGUUAGUGAUAUGCCCUAGAGCUUGAUUUAUGUAUUUGAAUAAUUCCUUUUAUGGCAAUAAAGUUUAUUCUAUUA